CUCCGCCCGCACUCGCGCCGCUCGAACCCUAGCCGCCAUCCCCGUCGCCCCCCUCCCCCCGCAUCUCCCCCCGCCGCCGGCGACCCCCUCCUCUCCCUCGACUCCAGCCCCGCUCCUCCUCUCCAUCGACUCCAGCCCGCCGCUGCGGAGACGCGCACCGACCGCACUCGCUCUCUCUCCGACCCGAGCCGCUGCAACUCCUCUGCGCCUUCCUCCUCCAAACAAGAUCGCCCGCAGCCCUCCCUUGUGGCCCUGUCGAUCCAGUGGAUAAGGAGACCCCUCACCUUGCCGUGAGAGAGAUGGAGAUGGAAGGAGAAAGUGGUUCUCCCUGCAUUGCCGCAAGAAAGGCGCGCCGCGGAGAUUGCGCCCCUCCCCUCCUCGCUCCGGCAGGCGGCAGCGCAUGCCCGGCGAGACGGGCUGACAGUGGCGCAGUCAGCGAUGCGGUUCACGGCGGGGGCCUCGUCGACGCGGUCGUGGCAGCCCAUGCCGACGGCGGACACCACGGACCUGCGCUUCUGGCUGCGCUGGCGGGUGGCCGUGUGCACGCUCUGGGUGCUCUGCUGCGUCGCCGCCGCGGCCUACCUCAUCUGGCGCCACGAGGGGCCGCGCGCGCACCGCCGCAUCGGAGCCGCCAAGCAGGACGCGGCCGCGCAAGGGCGGCGACGGCCGGACGAGCUGCUGUACGACGACGAGGCGUGGCGGCCCUGCCUCCGGGACAUCCACCCGGCCUGGCUGCUCGUCUACAGGCUCGUCUCCUUCGUCCUCUUCAGCCUCCUCAUCGUCAUCUCCGACGGCGGCAACAUCUUCCUCUCCACAUGCCUCAUCGUCGACCACCCUGCUGGCAGCCUGGCACAUUCUUCUGGGCCUCUUCCCCGGCGCUCGAGGUACAGCAGUGGCGGCACCGCUCCUCCUCACAGGUAUGGCCGCAUCUGCCUGUGCUCGGCAGAAGGAGGAGGCCGUGGUCAUGGCGACAUGCGGCACCCAUUUGUCGAGGCGGAGGUGCAAGCGCGCAGGGAAGAGAAGAAGGCCUGAGGGCGGCAGCGCUCCGGCGACGGUCGUGGUCGAGUGGAACGGCGUGUGGGGGGUCGUGCGGCUUGCCGUUGCCUCACCCAUGCGCCAGGCAAGCAAGCCCGUGGGAGAGUUUUUCUGAACGAUAGCCCUCAGCUCGCCCCGACAAACUUUUCCGAUGUUCUGAUCAGGGUGGAGGAGCAUAUAGGUGAGGUGAGCAGGAGUGAUCUUGGGCAUACAAGUGCAGACCUAUUACAGUUCGAUGCCCUGUCGCUGAAUACCACACCUCCUACACUUCAAUCAUCUGAUAGAUUUUGUUGGAUGCAUUUGACCAUCAAGAAUCAGUAUUGGCAGCAAAGGUAAGAGGCAAGAGUAAGAACAUCUCCUCUACUGUACCUAUUUGGUGGCUUACAGUGGUUUGUUCUCUGAAUUUGUUUUGCAAGUCAGUACCAGAGGUUGCCGCGUGAUUGCGCAUGACAUGUGGCAGUAUCUAUCAUUCAUUUAUUGCUGCUUACAGAACCAUCUUGUAUGUUGCGUUGCUGCUAUGGUAGCUGCUGUUUGUUUUCUCAUUCAGUGACAAACUACACACAAUGUUCAGACCGGCUAAAUAUGAAUCUUUUUAUUCAGUUAUUGCAAAUCAGUUCAGCAAGAUCUUGUGCCUACGGGUUUAUCCGGAGGUUUCCGACUUCAUGCGUGUUGAGACUUGAUUCAGCCUUAUUUCUGUAUCCAAAAGGUGCCUUCUGUGUUAAUACUCUUCACCGUGCAGCAUUUUUCUGACUUGAUCAUCCGAUUUAUUCAGCAAAACAUGCCCGGUUCCGCUUGGGCUAUCUAAAACCACCCCUCUGGUCUGAAACACAUGUAUAUGUUCAAAGUGACACGGAGCUGAUUGAUGAUAGCAACUAUAUCUG